GAAUCCUUUUCAGCUGUUUCCAAGACCUUUCCUGGACGUCCUCCAGCCUUUGGAAAUUUAGGGUAACUCAGAAGUGUCGCAUCCAACGAACCUCAUUGUGCAGCCUUCUGCAUCAUUUUAACGUUUGUUUUCUGAUCAUGGAACCCGUGGAGGUCGGAAGAGGUCAUCAGGUCCUCUGGAACUGGAGUUACAGUGGUUUUGAGCUGCUAUGUGAGUGCUAGGAAUUGAACCCUGGUCUUCUGCAAGAGCAGUAAACAUCCUUAACUGCUGAGCUGUCUCUCGAGUCCACCAGCCUUUAAACUUUAUGGAACAGUCGAGUCUGGCAUCUGCACAGCCCUCUUGAAUGACUUAUCCAGCCUUGUCAACCACAGGAAGGUGGCUCUGUCUUGUCAUACCGAAUAUGUUCUGCACUUCUGAGAACAAGAGCUAUCAAACUUCUGCUAAAUCGGUAGUAGAUCAAUUCCACUAAAUGGCCCAGCUUCAAAAUAAGUCAGUAAUGACCCUGAGGAUACCUUCUUUCUUGCCUACCCACUGGGACCUCUGCCUCCCAGGUGCUGGGAUUAAAGGCGUGUGCGUCCUGGAACAUCUGUUUUUGUUAUUUCUUUAAAAAUCUACUGUGUGUGUGCACAUGUGCCCGAGCGCAUGCACGUGUGCCAUCAUUAUGCAUGAGCCCUUGGAUAUGAGAAGAAGGUAUCCGGUCCUUUGGAACUGGAGUUACAGGUGGUCGGGAGCCAGCAUGUGGGGGCUGGGAAAUGAACCCUGGUCCUCCGCAGCAUCGGUCAGUAAGCUCUCUGAACACCCGAGCUGUCUAUUUUAGCACCAACUGUGACAUCUCUUAAAGUGUGUGCCUUUUCAUCUGGUUUGUCUUAAAGUUUCUUUGCAGUCUAGACCAACCUCAGACUCAAUAUGUAUCGAGGCUGGCUGGCCUUCAACUCCAGAUCUUUCUGCCUCCACAUCUGAGUUUGAAUGACCAUGGCUAGCCCUAAACUUGGCACACUGCCACUGCACCGGCUGUUCAGAGGUGGAACCCCGGGUCCUGUGCUUGCUAGUCCCAGGCACCCUCUGCCUUUUCUGCUCCUCCGUGUCAACAGCUGCUGAAGUCAAACCCCCGAUUCUCUUACCUACCUCUCCUCACCCCAGUGUGCUGCUAGCCCCCUCCUCCCUGCACUUGCCCAGAGGCCUCCAGACAGGGAUUUGCAUUCAAGUCUGUACGCCAUUGACAGCAAGUGCAUCUUGAUCCUAAAAGGAGGGCGAUGCAAGGGAGCUGGUGAAGACUUGCCUUCUCUCCGCCAUGGUCGCCAGCACCAAGUAUGAAGUGGCCGCUCAGAACGAGGCAGACGAGGCAGAUGGCUCUGCUCAGGGGGAUGGGGCAGGCCCUGCGGCUGAGCAGGUAAAACUGAAGAAGGAGAUCUCGCUGCUUAAUGGCGUGUGCCUGAUAGUGGGGAACAUGAUCGGCUCCGGGAUCUUUGUCUCCCCCAAGGGCGUACUCAUGUACAGUGCCUCUUUUGGCCUCUCGCUGGUCAUCUGGGCUGUUGGGGGCAUUUUCUCCGUCUUUGGGGCCCUGUGUUAUGCCGAACUGGGUACCACCAUUAAGAAAUCGGGGGCCAGCUAUGCGUACAUCCUGGAGGCCUUCGGGGGAUUUCUCGCCUUCAUCCGCCUCUGGACUUCUCUGCUCAUCAUUGAACCCACCAGCCAGGCCGUCAUUGCCAUCACCUUUGCCAACUACAUGGUGCAGCCCCUCUUCCCGAGCUGUGGCGCUCCCUAUGCUGCUGGCCGCCUGCUGGCCGCUGCCUGCAUCUGUCUCUUAACCUUCAUUAACUGUGCCUAUGUCAAGUGGGGAACCCUGGUCCAAGAUAUUUUCACCUACGCUAAAGUGUUGGCGCUGAUUGCGGUCAUCAUUGCGGGAAUUGUUAGACUUGGCCAGGGAGCCACAACUAACUUUGAGGACUCCUUUGAGGGCUCAUCGUUUGCAAUGGGUGACAUUGCCCUGGCACUAUACUCAGCUUUGUUCUCCUACUCUGGCUGGGACACCCUUAACUAUGUCACUGAAGAGAUCAGAAAUCCCGAGAGGAACUUGCCCCUCUCCAUUGGCAUUUCCAUGCCCAUCGUCACCAUCAUCUACCUCUUGACCAAUGUGGCCUAUUACAGUGUGCUAGACAUAAAGGACAUCUUGGCCAGCGACGCGGUUGCUGUGACCUUUGCAGAUCAGAUUUUUGGAAUAUUCAACUGGACAAUUCCAUUAGCAGUUGCAUUAUCCUGCUUUGGUGGCCUCAAUGCUUCCAUUGUGGCUGCUUCUAGGCUUUUAUUUGUGGGCUCGAGAGAAGGCCACCUCCCGGAUGCCAUCUGUAUGAUUCAUGUUGAACGGUUCACACCAGUGCCUUCUCUACUCUUCAAUGGUAUCUUGGCACUGGUCUACUUGUGUGUGGAGGACAUCUUCCAGCUCAUUAACUACUACAGCUUCAGCUACUGGUUCUUUGUGGGACUUUCUAUUGUGGGUCAGCUUUACCUACGCUGGAAGGAACCUGACCGGCCCCGCCCUCUCAAGCUCAGCCUGUUCUUCCCCAUCGUCUUCUGCCUCUGUACCAUCUUCCUGGUGGCUGUCCCGCUUUAUAGCGAUACCAUCAACUCCCUCAUCGGCAUCGGCAUCGCGCUCUCGGGCCUGCCCUUCUAUUUCCUCAUCAUCAGAGUGCCCGAGCACAAACGACCUCUGUGCCUUCGCAGGAUCGUAGCGUCUACCACACGGUACCUCCAGAUCAUCUGUAUGUCAGUUGCUGCAGAAAUGGACUUGGAAGAUGGAGAGUUGCCCAAACAAGGUCCCAAGUCUAAAUAGAGCGUGGAAUUCUGAGAUGCGGGCAAACUCGGCGUUUCUCAUCUCCCAUUGGCCAGAACCUCUGGAGGCCCCACCCAGAGCCCAGGCUUGGCAGCUUCAACUCGGAACUUGCUUUUGAGGGAUGAAGAGUAAUUUAUUUGUUUUGCUACGUGUUGUUUCGGACUUUAUAAGUGGAUAAUGCAGACUGUGGCGGAAGCAGGCCAUUUCUGAGGCUUGGUUCUGGCAGCACCCGGGGUGCCUACCCACUCCUCUCUUCCUUUACCAGGGCCAACAAUGCUCCAAAUUUGUCUCCUUUAGAGGGACACAAAACUGUCACAGAUGCAAAACAAUAAAAAGAUUAUGUUCCUAA